GUAGAAACUUCAAUAUUUACAAGAGCUAGAUCAGAGCAUGAUUACAUGAAUAUGGUCGGUAAGAUAGUCCUCUCAAUAAAGCAGAAAGGUCUAAUGCAGCAACAACAGCAGCAUCAACAUGCAGCUGCUGCCGCGGCUGCUGCUGGUGGAGGAGGUCCUGGAUGGACAGGUAUGGAAAUGAGACAGAUGGGAACCAAUAUGCCUCCAGGCGGAAACAUGCUCCCCAAUAUGCCUCCAGGUGGAGGGGGUUACCCUUCCUUUCCACCAGGAGGUGGGGGUGGUCACAUGCCUCCUUAUGGUGGAGUUAUGGGUCAACGUAUGAUGUCAUAUCCUGGCCCACCGCCCCCUCAACAGCAAAUGAUGCACACUAUGCCCCCACAUAAUAUGGGUGUGACAAUGCGUCCGUUUAACAUGAUGAAUAGAGCCCACCCACCUCCUCAGAGAGCUUCGUUAGCGACUAACAUGCCUGGGUCUGGUGAACAGGUCGUCUCUGCCGUUCCUAAUCCUUCGUUUCCUGCUCCAGCUGCUACUGGAGAGAUACAGCAUCCUCCUGGAGCUCCGUCACCAUUUACUAAUCAUCCUUCACCUUAUCAUGCUCCUCCUUCUGUCCCUCCCCCUUCCUCUGUUCCUCCUCCUCAGUCUUCGGCUCAGCCUGCACAAGCUAACUCACCAAAACCUCCACAGUCGGUCCCUUCCCCUCGUGUCAGUCACCCCAUACCAUCCCCUGGUACCCCAUGGAAUCCUAACUCUCCUUCAAACACGGCUAGUCCCAGUCAACCUCCACCACCCUCCAAUCAGCCUAGCUUAACUCCCGAAGGAUCAAAUGCUGUUUUGCUCAAGUUGCAAGAGCUACAGUGUUACAUUCCACUGCUGGCAAGGAUGAUCGAUAGACUCCAGAGAGGAAAUGAGAAGGACAAAGGGAGGACUGACCAAUUGACGAAACUUACUAGCCUCUAUAAUGUACUCCAGAGCAAAAACAUGAAAGUUCCGCUACAGACUUUAGAAAAAUGUCACAUCGCAUUGAAAAGGAUAUUUGAGAAGGACGCAUCAAUUACAUCACAGCCUCCACCAGCAGCCACUCAAGCUCCUCCUCAAUCACAACCCACCACUACCAGUACUGCAACAGUCACUACUAAUGUUGAAACUAGUAAUAAUGCUGUUACAACCACUGCCUCGUCUGUGACGCCACCACGCCCUCCUGUCCCGCCCACUCCGCCUUUAUCGGCCUCAAUGUCUCUUCUUGACUUUAAAAUCCUUCAUUCUCCCCCUCCUCUCUCUUCUUACCUCCAACCAUUGCUGGAG